AACAUCUCUCGACAUGGAGCAAGAAUUCUUCUUCCCGCCACCGAAAAAAAGUGAUGGCCCAGUUGUGGCAUGUGUCGUUGAGAAAAAAGGCGACGGAACUCGGACAUCAAUGAGGCAAAACGAAAUUUACGCAUAUAGUGCGCAGAUAAGGACAGGAGAUGGCUGCAUGGUGAUGCCCAAGAUCCACUGGAACUCGUUCGAGCCGAGCGAUUGGGUUAGCUGUACGCUGGAAUAUGUCAAUAAAGCGAAUCAAAUCAAGGAAAAGGAAAUGCUUGAAAUCAGUAAAGUGCCUGCUGAGAACUUCGAUCGAUUUGGCAUGCCGCCUACAAGAUUUGAGAAUGGGAUUGUGCAGAUCAAAACCUUGUUCGUUGCUUGCCCAGAGUUUAUCAAAAACAGAGAGACUCGCAACGCGUAUGGAUCAUACAAGAAGCUCUUCAUUUUGAACAUUGGCUUGGGUUUUGCAAGUUCAGAAAUCAAUCUAUUUUUCAAUAUAAUAAUCUUGCAGGUUAGCACAAGACGGACCGCUGACGGCAACUUGGCGGAAAAAGUCAAAAAUGGAGAUGUCUACACUGGAAUUUUUGAGUUUCGUGCAAAGGACAACGGCGCGAUCAACUUCAACCAUCGUGGUCGAGUAAGAGAUGAAACAAAUCAUGUCAUCGAGCGCGAUGCGAUGUGGGAGUUGACGAAGACGAGCUCAGUGGCUGCGACUGACGUACAAAAGAAGCAAAUGAAAGAGGCCAUAGAACAGCUGCGGAAGGAUGCCGAGCAGUUUGAGAGAGAAUUCAAAGACUCCCAAAGCCGUCCAGUUGCACCGAUGCUGCCGCCUAAUGAAAUCUCAGAAAAUCGAAAAGAAAUCAACUUGGGACUGGCUCUUCCGUCAAGGCACUCUCAGCCUUCUAUUCGCACGGUUGAUGUUGUAACGACUACUCCUGCGCAAAUGAUGCCAACUGCCUCAUCGUUCAGGAUUCCUUUCGCCCAAGUCUCAAAAGCGCCUGUUGUUGCUCCCUCUUCGCAACUUCAGCAGCAGCAGCAGCAACCAUGUAGCUCAAACCAGACUGCUCGCAUUGGGAACUUUUUGGAAAGGGAUCAAGUUCGUGGUAAUUUGCUUGGAGUUCCGCUGUCGUCAUCGACUCCACGAGGAAGCCCCGAAUUAUUACGCCGCCGAGAAGUGACGGCUGAUGAUGGAAACAUCACUUCGAACACUGCUGUCAUGUUGAGAGAUAACAACGCCAAUCCGAUGAAUCGAAGACGUCCAAGUUAGGAUCCAGGCAGCUACAAACUAUGAGAACAAUGCGACCAUUACACACGUACCAUGUAUUAGUAUUAAAAUGUUUUUGUUUUUAAUAUCACCGACCUGUUGCUUUUUAUUCACAUUUUCCACAGUAUUUCAAACAUGUUUAAAUAACAUUCAAGUGCGAAAAUAUAAAGUGUUUUAUUAUUAU